AUGGGCUCGUUCCACGAAGUCUGUUGGGUGCCAGCAUUCGACCGAGCUAAGCCAAUCGAGCGAUAUUCGAACCUCGCAGUCCAGCUACGCCUCAUCUCAGACGUCAACGUCGAGCAAACAGAGGCAAUUCCCAAGCUCCUGGAACUAGCUUUGAAUGACAGGUCAGCACAUUGA